AUGCACAUUAGCAUCCUACCACCCGAAACCCUCGAGCAAUUGUUUCUUCUCCUUGACCCCCUCGAUGUAUCCUCCGUCUCCCGGACAUCUCGCUACUUCAAUGCGCUGAUCUAUCACUCACCCGACCACCAUCUAUGGAGGAAUUUAUAUCUGUCACAGCCCUUGGACGAUCCUACGUUAUGUUACUCUCCUCUUGGUCAUCGCUCCACCCCUACUUCAUCUUUUGAUUGGAAGAAAGAGCUACAAGACGUUAUCUUUGCUCGGACUAUCGUCGAAAAUGGUCCCAGAAAAUGGGGGAGAGAAGACAGGAAACGGGCAUUGAGGACGUUAUUGAAGCUCGUUGCCUUUGUACCACCGUUAGAGUCUUACAAAGAGGACAUGGACAGCGAUAAAAUGUCAGCGAAUUUGAUGUGGGUUGCAGCGGAGUGUAGGAAGGGGGCGUUGGUGGAUCCUGAUGCUCCAGGGGUUGGAAGUGCAGGUUUAGGAGGGAAGGAAGACGACGAAGAGCUUCAGUUGCGAGCGAAACUACAUACGUAUCUCGGGCUGACGCCCAAUGAUUGGAUGGAAUCGGCUCAGCGACAAUCGAGGAUGUUUGUUUAUCGGAUGGGGAAUUAUCAUUGGGGGAAUGAAUUUGGACCGUUCCGGGAGGAGAGGUUGGGUGUUGAUAGUGGCAGUGUGGAUGCACGAGGAAUUGGUGAUGGCAACACUACGUUGCGAGUAAACUGGAUCCAUGUUCGCCACAUUCAUCAGACAAUAUCCAUGGCACUCUUUGAGGGGAUACCGGAGGAGGCAAGGGAGAAUAUUCGCCAACUGGAUGUAUUUAUCUACCAGUUGAGUUUCCCGCACACUCAGCUUAUUUUGCCCAGGCAAGAAGCGGAAGAUGGGAUAGGAAGAGAUUGGGCGGGUGUCGAGGGGAAGUGGGAGAUCUCGUUCUGUUUUUGUGAUCACGGAGAUCUGAUACGCUUCAAUCAUGCUGUGCGUCACUUCUACCUUGUUCCUUUGGACUGUUCCCGAUUUCCUUCUUCCUUCAGCAACGUGGGGGCCCCACCCUGCAAUUCACGACUCUCGAUCUAA